UUGCUCCUCGAUGACAUCUCGUUAAUUAUUGUUUACGUAGUAACUUGUUCGUAUUUCUUAAUCUGUGAUUAUUGUCAUUGAUGUCUGUAGACAGCAGUCAGUGCAUAAGUGAUAAUAAUAUAUCAAAUAAUAAAUUGGUUGCUGAAGGUCACAAAUUUAUUUUCUUCAAAAAUGCAUAAAGUAUACUCAAGAUUUAAUAAUUAUUGUUGUCAAAAGCAAUUGACAAAUGUUCUCUUUGGCAAAAGAGAUAAAUUUGGGAUUUCUCUUCAUAAUUCACCGAUUCUAAAGUUUCCUCAAGCCACAGCUUUAAAAUUACCGAUUAAUGUUGUUAAUAUCUAUGCAACUGAAAUGGGAAGAUUUUCACCAAUGAGAGAAAGAGACAUAUCCGGACCAGUUAUCAAUGCUUAUGAUGAUAAGAAUGUUACGAAAAUUGAUAUUACUGUUCAAUCAGAUCCAUAUGUAAAUAAGUAUGAUUGUCGUGGUGCUGUAAGUUUGUCUUCGUCUAUGCAGAGCAAUGUGCCCAGCCCCUUCAGUGGGAAUCACACACACUUGAAUAUGCCAGGGUCACAGUGGGGCCAGGGAUAUAAAUAUUUAUCGGACCAUCUUCAAGGAGCUCAUUAUCUUACACUACGAAACGAAUAUCGUGAUAGGUUAUUUACUGGAGCCAUUGGAACAAGAAAUAUGAGUACAGACACUACUAAUAAUCCUAUGAGUGCAAAAGAAAAAUUAAAAAAGGCUGUUAAAGAAUAUGGUACAACUGUCAUUGUAUUCCACGUUUCCAUCUCUAUCAUGUCUUUGGGAAUUUGUUAUGUACUUGUAUCAAGCGGGGUAGAUCUUGUAGCAGUUCUAAAAUAUUUUAAUAUUGGAGAAGGGAAACUAUCAAACAUGAUCACAUCAAAUGCUGGGACCUUUGUAAUAGCAUAUGCUAUUCAUAAAGUUUUAGCACCAGCUCGAAUAGGAAUCACACUAACUUCAACCCCAUUCAUAGUGAGAUACUUAAGAAACAAAGGCAUUUUGAAACAUAGUGUCAAUUCAGGUGGCGGUAAUUAAUACUGAUUUGGUUCUUUUUUAUUUAAGAUUAUAGUGGGGAACGUAAUGGGUCACUUAAUUAUUUACAUGUAUGAUGUACACAUUAUGAUAUGAUAAAUAAAUAAAAUGAGGCAUAUUAUUACUGUUACGAGUGUGCAACAUUCUCUUUAUAAUUUCUAUGUAUAGAUGUAGUUUUAAUCUUAGGAUAUACUUUUUGUAUACAUACUUAUUUUUCAUUUUUAAUAUUUAAUAAAAAUAUUUUAUUGAAA